GCGCAACGGCUUCUGGGCCGUGCUUUCUGAGCUGGAACAAGGCCCAGCCUACAAUGAGGAGGAGCUAUCCACAGACACAGAGCUGAAUGAGGACGAGGAGGAGCCCUUGGAUGAGGAGGAGAAGCUGCUGGUGGAACGACGGAGGGAGCUUAAGGCUCUGCUCAUCGCUUCGCGACAAAGAGCGGACGCGUUAGCCAGCGCCAUCGAUGUGCAGGUAGAGGAGGUGGUGACCAAGGAGAAGGAGAGGAUGCAGGUCAUCGAGGAGCUCUCGCGGCAUUGUUCCGAGCUUCAACGCACACAGGAGCAGCGGCAACAGGGCCUGCUUCAAGAGCUGGA